GGAGGGAGGAAAGGAGGUGGGUCGGCCAUGGCGUCGUCGUCCUCCAAGCCCUCCGACUCCGGCCUCAAGCGGCCGGAUCAGGCGGCGGGCACCUCCGCCUCCGCGGCGCUCCAUGGGAAGCUCUCGCACCUACGGCGCCAAAUCCAGUCCGCCCGCCUCGCCUCCGUCAGGGAGAAGAUGGAGGCCAACAGGCGGGCGCUGCAGCGGCACACGUGCGGGCUCUUCGACGUGGCCGCCGCGGCGGAGGCGGCGUCCAGGGGCGCCGAGGGCGGCAACGUGCUGUCGCAGCUCGCGGCCGACGGCCAGGCGAGGAUCGUCGGGUGGGACCUGGCGCGCGGGUCCGGGGAGAGGGAGGUGGUGCACGUGCAGGAGGACAACCUGCUAACCGCCGGGACGCUCGAGCUCUCCGGCUCAGACGGCACCGCGCCGCCGCAGAGGAUGGUUGUCCGGCUUGUGACGCUGCCGUUGGUCGACAAGAUUCCGCCCUACACCACGUGGAUCUUCCUGGACAAAAACCAAAGAAUGGCCGAUGAUCAAUCAAUUGCUGGUAGGAGGAGGAUUUACUAUGAUUCAGCUGGCAACGAGACUCUGAUCUGCAGUGAUAGUGAUGAAGAAAUUCCACAACCUGAGGAAGAGAAGCAUGUUUUCACACAAGGAGAAGAUCAGCUAAUAUGGAAAACAACACAAGAAAAUGGGUUAAGUCAAGAGGAUGUAAAUGUUAUUCGCCAGUUUAUUGAUGCCUCUCCUUUGGAAAUAGAGAGUAGAUCUGAAUUUCUUUGUGAGAAAAAUGCGAAGCACCCUGGAUUUUCUGAUAAAAUGGAGAGCCAACCUCCUCUUGACAAGACUGUGGAUGUGGUUUUGGAUUCGUUUGAUAAUCUCUUCUGCCGCAGAUGUUUGGUUUUUGAUUGCCGUCUCCAUGGUUGCUCUCAAAACUUAGUAUUCCCAAGUGAGAAGCAACCCUAUGUGUUUGAGCUCGAUGGAAACAAGACUCCAUGUGGCGACCAAUGCUACCUUCAAAGGAGAGAAGGAUUUUAUGAUAUACGCAAAUAUGAUCGUGAUGCUUCUGCAGCACAUAAUAUGGAGUCAAGACCUGCCUCACGCAAUGUUGUUACUAUAGUGUCCGAAUCAGAAGAUUCAAACCGAGAGGAAGAAAUCAUAAAAUCCAAUAUAUUUGUUGGAACCAGCAGUUCAAAAACAUCUUUUGAAAGUGCUGAAAAACAAAUUACACUACCUUCUGGGGAUACUUCUGAAACUGAAAAUAUAUCCACGGAUACGCUUCUAAGAAGUUUAGGGAAGCGCAAGAUUUCAAAAGGACCCAGGUCUAGCGGCGAUUUUCCUUAUAAAAAACCAAGGAUGUUUACGUCGGAUAUUCCUUCUGCAAGCCAUGUACUGAAUAAGCUUUCUGUUUCGGAGAUUGGUGAUGCAAAAUCUGAUUUCAGAGAAUUUGGAGGCAAUCAACUAGAUGUCCCCAGUAAGAAAACUUCUAACAAAGAUAGUUGUGGGGGAAGCCUGACUAGUACUACCGAGGAUGCGGCAAGAAAUAUUAAUAAAGAAUCUUCAGCAAAUAAUAUGUUCAGUUCCAGCAGGGAGCACACUCUUUCUCGAUGGAGUGCCCUAGAAAGAGAUUUAUAUUUGAAGGGUGUAGAGAUAUUUGGAAAAAAUAGUUGUCUAAUUGCCAGAAACUUGUUAUGUGGCCUGAAAACAUGCAUGGAGGUGGCUAGUUACUUGUACAACAAUGGUGCAGCAAUGCUCUGUAAAUCCAUCUCGGGCGGCUUUACAGAGACUGAACAAGAUUACAUGGAGCAAGGCGUGGUUGCAAGAACAAGAAUCGUUCGUCGGAGGGGCAGAACUCGAAAACAUAAAUAUCCUUCAAAGGCUGCAGGGCAUCCAGCUAUUAGGAAAAGAAUUGGUGAUGGGAAGCAAUGUGACACCCAGUAUACACCCUGCGGGUGUCAGCAGGCGUGCAGCAAAAAUUGCCCCUGUGUGGAAAACGGGACAUGCUGUGAGAAAUACUGUGGGUGUACAAAAAGCUGCAAAAACAGGUUUAGAGGCUGUCAUUGUGCAAAAAGUCAAUGCAGAAGCAGACAAUGCCCAUGUUUUGCUGCCAGUCGAGAAUGUGAUCCGGAUGUUUGCAGAAACUGCUGGGUGAGCUGCGGAGAUGGUUCGCUAGGUGAGCCACCAGCAAGAGGUGAUGGUUAUCAGUGCGGAAACAUGAAACUCCUUUUAAAACAACAACAAAGGAUUUUGCUUGGCAAAUCUGAUGUUGCAGGAUGGGGCGCAUUUAUUAAGAACCCUGUGCAUAAGAAUGACUAUCUUGGAGAGUACACCGGUGAAUUGAUUUCUCACAAAGAAGCAGACAAACGCGGCAAAAUUUAUGACCGUGCAAACUCUUCAUUUCUGUUUGAUUUGAAUGACCAGUUUGUAUUGGAUGCGUAUCGCAAGGGGGACAAACUGAAGUUUGCAAAUCACUCCUCCAACCCCAACUGUUUUGCAAAGGUGAUGAUGGUGGCUGGCGACCAUCGGGUAGGUAUCUAUGCAAGGGAGCAUAUUGAAGCUAGUGCUGAACUCUUCUAUGAUUACCGGUAUGGACCUGACCAAGCCCCAGCCUGGGCUAGGAGACCAGAAGGAUCAAAAAAGGAUGAAGCAUCUGGCUCUCACCGCCGAGCACACAAAGUUGCUUGAUAGUUGAAGAGCAGCUCGGAUGAUACAAUCUGCUGUUAAUUUACCAUAAUUUAUACAGAUUUCCAUUGCAGUCCAUUAUACAAGGAGAUCAUUUGUUGGCAUGAUAAAAAGAUGUCUUCAUUAGCAAAUAAACUCAGCUACUGAGCUGUGGGAUGACCGGAAAAUAAGCCUUUGUUAAUAGUUUGUCACAAUAAUAGCAUCAUUUAUGCUAAUCGUAGCUGCUUGGACAUCUCUACAUGUUGAGGUGGACACUGGACUAUAACAUACCAAUGGAGAUUCAUAGAAUGUUUA